CUGCUCACGACACAAGUUAUAUUUGAAACUGUAAACUUUGGUCUCUCCUGCCUUCAAGGAUAUCUGAAUGAAACCAAGUUAAACUGAUUGAAACCAGAUUAGUUAUAACAUUUAUUGGUAACACCCCCUGUCACAUACAACGACCCCAAUACGUGCGAUACAGUUGUUUGUUACGUAAGUCCUCACAUGAAGGCCACCGAUCGAACACAAAAGAAAGCAGGUAAUCUAUUUGCCCAGUAUUCAGCUUUUGAGAAGAGGAGUCCCCGCAACAUGUGUUGCAGUAAAAGCGAAGAAAGGUAACUAUAUAACUGUUUGUUAUUCACAAGUCAUGAUCAAAAAUGAAAGCUGACCAAAAACUUAUCGUGUUCGAUGGGAUUCUGAUGAAAUGUGCCACUCUUAAUGGCGUGCAUAUUCCACAAGAAAGCGUCAGUUUAGAUGAACUAAUUGCAACAAUUAAAGAUGAAAUGCUCAAUGCAAAUUCAGAAACAGACAAGCAAGAUAACAGAAAGAAUUCCUAUAUUCGAACACAACAGCAAACUCCUUACAAGCCCUUCUACAGAUCGCAAUUAAAAAGUGAUGGGGAGGCAAAUGUGGAGGACAUUUCACUGAACGGCCGAAGUCCUUUGAGCCGGAGAACUUCCUCGACAAGCAGUGGAAUACCUCAGUCGAUCUUAAUUUCGUUGCACAGAAAAUCUUCACUGAGUGAAUGUAGCUGCACAUCGGAGGAUGAGUGCUUCAAAGUGGAGCCCAGCAUAGCCAACGAAGCAUGCCUUUUGGACCAACUGCACUGGAUGAAGAAUCAAGGGGAUGACUGUGUCGCACUGGAGAACUUGAAAGACAUUCCAGAAGUGGUAAAAUUUUUAAGAGUUUUAACAGGGUUCACAACUCCAGCGGCACUUGAAUUCAAACUAAACCAGAGCGGAACUAUAACAAUCUCUUACCAAUUUUUACAUAACUUCAAGAAUGACUACAUGAUGCUCAAAGUCAAGGACAAUUAUUGCAUGUUUCUCUCGCCAUUUUAAAAAGCUGGUACCGGCAUGAACCCAUUGCAAACUGUGUGGUACUGCAGCUUUAACAAGUUUUCAGGACACUAACCGCGAAUGUUAAACCUACAUGCGUACAUGAAACUGAAACAGAAUACAGAACAGCGCUUUAUGACAGAUUGUCAGAGGGACAGCAAAGAAAAACACACAUUAAGUGAUGGGCCAGGGAAACCCGUUACUAUUCUCAUACCCCAACCCUUUUCAAUGUAACCUUUUGCUUUAUAGACCGGUUUAAUUCGACCGAAAUACUAGAGCGCUAACUGAAGAAAGACAACAGCCUAGAGCAAAGGGGAUAACAUGUAGCCGCAAAAAUGCUAUCUAGAUGACCACUAUAUCUUUAAACCAAGGGCUCAGUACGGAAGUAUGGAUAGUGCGCCAAACUGGUGUCUUAUGGUUACCUAAGAGGGGAGUACAUUGGUAAUGCCGUCAGGUCUAUGCAACAGUUGUUAUGUAACAAAGCGGGCCUGGAUGUCUAUAGCGUCCUCCUACCAUAUCAUUUUGGUUAAUAAAAUGCGAUUACUUCCAGCUGCCAUUGAAUGGGUCCGACUACUGACGUCAACUGGCGAAAAAGAGGCAGGACAGCGCAAACCUAUAACCACAUAACAUAUUUCCAGUCUUCUGAAAGUUUGACAAAACAAUACUUUUUCACCUCAGAACCAGAUAAAUCUCAAAAUGUGCAUGGUUUGGACUCUCAAUCUUGCAUUGUAACAUUAAUUAUAGGUUAGCCUUUAAAAAUUACAACCUCAAGUGAAAAACAAAGUUGUUUCGACAUAGUUGGCUCAAAACAUGACAAUGACAUCACAAAUGACUGCAUUUCGAUAGGAAACCUUAUUGGCUAAGCACUGACAAUCACAGCUAGCGUUGAUUUAUGAUUGUCAUCUUAAAUGUUUUACAGUGAAUAGUCAAUUUGUUUGAAUCACAUAAUAGUCAAUUCAUCAAUAAAUGACGAAUCCCCAUUCCAUCCUAACUGAACAUCGUCGAAUGAUCAUUCCAGUGACCCGGCCAAGCCUUGCAAACCCCGAUUCCAGUUUUAAGAAAAGUUGUUUUCAGCCACUCUAUGUGAUUUUUCCAUGAAAACAGUCAAACUGCAUUUUAAAUGAAAGUAGCAAUAAAUUGAAUUCAUCAAUCUGUAGAGGUUAAAAUAUUUUACUCUUAGUAAACUCUUAGUAACCGCUGUAUUUAUCAAUAAAACUUUAUAGACUUGAAAUUUGGCGAUAGAAUUUCCAGGAAAUGUCGGGUAAUAAAACAAUAAGAAUAUUUUUUUAUUUAGAUAAUUAAAUAACGUGAAAAAUCACGAACAAAUCUAUGUACGAAGUAGUGUAGUAAUCAAAACAUUUGGCUUGUUCAUUUAAUGAAAGAUUUAACGUGUAACGUAAUGCGCGUAUCGCGGUGGAAUUCGUAAAUAUGUGGGUUUUAAACUACCGUAUAAUACUGGUAUUCUUCAACUUCAAAAGUAGUGACUGUCAGUAAAAUUGUUCGUAUGAUGUAAAGAUACCAUUAGACAAUAGAUAUAGAGGACCAUAGCAGUUACCCCUCCAUUGUGAAGAACAAUAAAUUUUGUCUUAAUGGCCUAAGUGUGAUUUUUCAGCUUAAAGACCUGUCUGUGUCCUCAAUAUCUGUUCAUUGAACUAGUUAUAUUAUGCUGAGAAAACAGAAUAUAUUAAGUAUUGUAAAAACUGAUUUCAGAACUCAGUUUGCUCCUUAAAAUAAGGUUGUUACUCUAGAAUUUGGAUCAAUGGAUUAAACGAUUGAGAAGGAACUGUCUAGAAGCCAUGAUAGACGGGAUGUUUGUGUAUGUUAAUUUGUAAAGUAUGUUGUUACCUGCAGACCAAGGCUCAGGUGAAUUUGUUUUAUGGCAAAGAAUGAUUAAAAAAAAGAAA